AUGGAUCAGCUUGAUAAGAUUGAACAGAAUAGCUCCUCAGAUCUUUCUUUUCUUAACGAUCCUCAUUGCUUUGGGCUUGAAGAACUGCCUGAGGCUUCAAAACUGCGUGCUCGCGUUGCAAAGGCUUUGGGCAAAACACAUCUCGCAGAUGGAGAUUUAGAUUCGUCAAAUUUAGCGAUUGAUGACUUGGAAGAUACAGAUAGCCCAUUGUUUCUACAUCUCGCCCAUGGCUUGGCCUACACCACGGGUUCAGCAUUGGGAUCCACUCCGCCCUCGCUUGACACCUGUCUAGCAGCUUAUCUCGUCCCAAACAGCGCCGGGCUCACAGCAGGAUCGCGUGCCUGGUCAAAGCAUUCACAUCGGUCUCAGCCACCACCAUCAGAUGACUCUGAGACAGAUAAGCGCAAACGCAGCUCAGGGUGGUGGGGGACUGCUUCAGGUCCAGUUUCUUCUAUCAAUGAGAAAUCCCUCGCAUUAUUCAGGAAGGUCAUGGAUAACGCAACUUGGAGAAAUCUGCACUGGCUCCCGCAUCAGAUACUAGUAUAUGAAGUGAGGGUUGAGGAAGGGUAUGGAAUGCGAUGGUCUCAGGAUCAAUCUCCUUGUGAAGGAGAAGAUAAACGGCCAUGGAUAUUUCGCGGAUUCCUUGAGCCUACAAUGGCCAAUGGACACGAACUCAAAUGGAGGCAUCCAAUAUCGGCUUGA